AUGGAGUUCAGCAUCCUGGCAAUGUUGGUGCUUCUGGUCGUGUUUGUAGUCUCAGUAGGUUUCCUUCAUUUAUGGACAUCACCAAAAGCAAUGGAGGACAUCCCGGGAACCUUGGGUUGGCCUGUUGUUGGCGAAAGCUUCUCCUUCAUAUCCGAUUUUUCGAGUCCAUCUGGUAUUUACAAUUUCAUGAAGAAGAGACAAGAAAGGUAUGGGAAGGUAUUCAAGUCCUUUGUCUUGGGAAGGUUCACUGUCUUCAUGACCGGGAGAGAAGCGAGCAAGAUUCUAUUGACUGGAAAAGAUGGGAUGGUGAGUUUGAACCUCUUCUAUACCGGGCAGCAGGUUCUUGGCCCCACGAAUAUAUUCUUUGUGCAGUUCACCCUCAAGGUUAUUGGCCACAUGAUCAUGAGCUUAGAACCGAAAGGCGAAGAGCAGGAGAAAUUCCGAUCCAAUUUCAAAAUAAUUUCCUCCUCAUUCGCUUCCUUGCCAUUUAAAGUGCCAGGAACUGCAUUUCACCGUGGAAUUCAGGCUCGGGAUAGGAUGGAUAGCAUGUUGGACAGCAUUAUUUCUAGGAGGAGAGAAGGACAAGGCUUCCAAAAUGAUUUCCUGGAGUCCCUGAUAAUCAAGCACAGCAAAGCAGCAGACGGAGAAGCCAACAAAGAGAAGCUAACUGACAAGCAAAUGAAGGACAAUGUACUAACUCUUCUAAUUGCUGGUCAUGACACCACCACUGCUGCUCUGACUUGGCUCGUGAAAUUUCUCGGAGAGAACCCUCAAGUUCUGCAACGGCUCAGGGAAGAACAUAUGGAAAUUCAAGCGAGUGGCAAGGGUGGAGCGAAUCUAUCUUGGAGUGAAGUUAAUAACAUGCCUUAUACCGCUAAAGUAAUAAGUGAAACUCUAAGGAGAGCCACGAUAUUACCUUGGUUCUCGAGGAAAGCUGCUCAGGAUUUUGAGAUUGAUGGAUAUAAAAUCAAGAAAGGUUGGUCGGUGAACCUGGAUGUUGUUUCUAUUCACCAUGACCCGGAAGUUUUCCCUCAACCAGAAGUUUUCAACCCUUCCAGAUUUGAUGAACCUUUGAAGCCUUUCAGCUUCCUUGGAUUCGGUAGUGGUCCACGUAUGUGCCCGGGGAUCAAUCUGGCGAAGCUGGAGAUCUCUAUUUUCAUUCAUCACUUGGCGUGCAGAUACAAGUGGACUCCUCUGGAGAGAGAUGACUCAGUCCAGCCUACUCUGGUAAGGAUGCCCAAGAACAAGUAUCCAGUUCUCGUCGAGCCACUGUAGAUGUAUUUAUUGCUUCACUUGGCAAUUUGGCACAGAGCCAUAAUAGCCAAAGAAAGAAGUGGCACGGGGGAUUCGACUUUAUUGUUAUGACCUGAUCGUCAAUGCAAUACCAAUAUGCUAGAAUGACAAACUCACUGGGUAAUGGUAGCCAUAAGCGAAUGCUUGCCCGGGAACACAUUGUAUGACUGAGAAAAUGAGAAAUAAGAAUGUCCGAAGUAGUUUACGUUCUUUUUGAGUUGGUCUAUUUCUUGCUGAAUAACUACCUUUUGCUACAAUCCUAUUACUCUGGCCUGUUAAUCAACAAAUGCAACUUCAAGCAGCUUAAUUGCAGAGAGUGGACAGAUAAGUAAAGAUUGGAGAUAUGUCUUUUGUUUAUGAAAGUUAAUCCAUUGAUGCACGGACAUAAGCAAAUAGGAGAGCCUGGCCAGUUCACCAUGGAGAAUAAAGGUGCUAAAGAUAUUCGAAAUCAGCAUACUGAAGUUUGAAUUCCGUAUUGCCUAGAAUCAGACGGAAAUGUAAAACUCCAGAAGGAUAGUUCCUGAAACCCGAUACAAAUGUCAUGUCAGCUCCAGCUCUAGCUCCCUUAAAUUGGUUGGUGGUGCAUAACACAUUGCAUACCUUAGGUAGAAUGAAUAAGUAAGUACUAUCGGCCUUAAAAACAACAGUUCAGAUGCUAGAUCCCUUCAAACGAUGACAAUGCACCCAAGCAAUGCAAAAGGAACCAGAUUUGGACUGCAACUUCCUGAGAAUACAAGCAGUGUUCCAAAUCUCACGGGUAAAGGUAGGCCUCACAAGGAUCUUUAGAGCGAGAUGAGAAGAUCCGGAUUUUCUAUUACUUGUGAGAUGAUACCAAUGAGAGGAGGGAUUCCUAUAUAUACAAAUACUCUCUUAUUCAUAACCGUAGAUCUCCCUACAAUCUAAACAUGGAGGUUCAAUUUCCCCAUCUAUCAACUACCCGCAUUAAUUACAAGAAUUCUCCAUAAUGGUGUAUAUUUCCCAUAUUGCUCAUCCCCAGUAAUAUUCUAGAGAAUUCGAGAAACUCUAAAAGGCUCGCCCGGUCUUUACGAUAUCACGGCCCUUUGUACCUUUUCUUUUUUUGGUCGGAAGUCCUUUGUACCUUGAAAACCUAUGGACCGUGACACAUAGAACCAUCACUCAUAGAAGUAAGUUUUUAAGGCCAAGCCCUCCCUCAAACUUGGGAAGACA